UCAGAUCCAUUACAAAAGUGACUUAGAGGAAUUCCAUUCCAACACCAUGAAGAAAAGUUGUGUUCUUUUCGUCUUGGGCAUCACCUUCCUGAUUCUGAUUGGAGUUCAAGGAAUGGGAAUCAUUAAGAAUAGACGCUGUUUUUGCAUCAAUACCAGCCAGGGGAAGCUCCACCUGCAAUCCUUAAAAGACCUUAAACAGUUUUCUCCAAGCCCUUCCUGUGUGAAAACUGAGAUCAUUGCCAUAAAGAAGAAUGGAGAUCAAAUAUGUCUAAACCCAGAUUCUACAGAGGUGAAGGAAUUGGUGAAAAAGUGGAAAAAACAGGAUAGCCUAAAGAAAAAGGCAAAGAAAGGGAAAAAACUUUCAAAAGUUAAGAAAUUCAAAAAGUCUCAACAGCUUCAUCAAAAGAAAACUCCAUGAGGAUCACUUUACCAACUAAUGUUUUCUGUCAAAAUCUUUUUUAAAAAUUGUACAGAAAUAAUUCCAAAAAGUGGAUACCGAUACAUAAUUUGUUAAUCUGACUAGAACAUGCAAAGCAUUAUUAUAUAAUUAUAACUGAAGUUUUAAGUUAAUGUAAAAACCCAAACCUUAAGAAUUGUUAGGUUCUGAGGUCAUCUCAGUCUUUCCACCCCCGGCAUUCUGAAUUUCAUCAUGCUUAAGACCAUGAUUGUAGUAAUAUCCACAUCUGAACAGAUGGCCACACUACUGCAUCCCACACCUAGGAGCUGCCUGAAAGAGCAGUCCAAGACAUGCAGGGUCACAACUUGCAACCCCUGGAGAGAGUU